AUGACUGAGGAACUUGUUAAUCAUAUUGAACAAAAUCAAACAAUUACUGAACCUCUUAUUGUAUUGAUUAAAAUUAGCAAAUGUUGUUCGAUUGAUGAUGAAGGACAAACGACGAAAAAUCUUGAAAGCUUUCAAAAAAAAUAUCCAUCCACAUGUGGUAUUAUCACAUUUCAUAAUGCAAAAUCAUGCAUACCAUUUAUACGCAGUCAACGGAAUUUUACGAUUUUUCUUAGUUGUAUUGCAAUGGUUUUUCGUCUAUUAGCAUUGCUUCUAUUGUGGAAAUAUAUAAAAGAUGAAUAUCAUGAUAACAAUAAUGAAACAAUGGACUAUUCUACUACAGAUGGAAAACGUUCAACAGCCAAUUUUAUUGCUCAAUGA